GUUGUUUCUCCGCCUUUUUUCUCUCAACAAUAAUAGCACCGGACCACAGACAUAUGGACAGACCGCCAGUGUACGAUAUACAGCUACCACUAUACUGAUUAGUAAAAGACAAAGAAAGAGAUAGUAGACUAGGAAAGAGGAACAACCAACAUGGCGGCUCCAGGUGGUAAAUUCUUCAUCCACGAUAAACUCGGCAUACCAGCAAAACACCACGAGUCGUUUGAGCAACUAUGGGAGACAAAAUGGAAGCCACACGCAACAAUGGGAGUCUACCCCUUCAUGUUCGGCACCGCCUCGGACUUCGCCCCCAUCCUCGCCAGCAUGAAAGCCUCCCAAAUGCGCGAACCCUACAACUGGGACACCUACGCCCGCACCUUCUUCCCCACCGCACAAUCCCUCUACACCACCGCCACCACCGCCGAAGCAGCCGGAGAGUUAGAAAAAGCCUCAGAAUACUACCUCCGCGCCUCAGCCGUCUACCGCAUCGCCCGCUUCCCUGCGCCCCGCAGCCCGCUCCAGCGCGAAGCCUGGGCCCUAGGUAAAGACGCCUGUCUCAAAGGUCUCUCGUUGCGCCCGCAUCCCGUUGAAAGAGGUAUUGGUACCGCAUACGCACCGGGCAACCAAAAUGAAGGCGACACGAUACCCGUGGCCUCGAUGGGUGACGGCACUGAACUGACCGUCCGGAAGGAAUGGAAUCCGUCCCGCGGCCGCUUGCAUCCGAUCGUCCUGGAGAUCCCCGGUACAGGCGAUUGUCCCGCAAAUGUAUCGGACCCUACGUCGCCAGACCGCCUUUACUCAUCGUUGUUCGAUUGGGUCGAAGCGCAACCGCGCUUGCAUACCAAGAAAACGGCUAUCUGGGCGUUUAGCACAGGCGGUUACUACGCCAUUCGCGUCGCGCACACGCACCCGGAGCGUCUUGCCGGCGUGGUGGCGUUGGGGGGUGGGUGUCAUCACAUGUUCGACCGGGAGUGGCUGGACCAUGUAAAUCAUCUCGAGUAUCCCUUUGAUCUAGCAGAUACACUGGCGUAUAAAUGGGGGUACGGAAACGACGUUGAAGCUUUCAAGCAAGAGGCAAGCGCAAAGUUCUCGCUGCUGAAUGAUGGCACGCUUGAUAAACCCGUUUGUGCGAGAUUGUUACUGGUGAAUGGGACUGAGGAUGAGAUUUUUCCCAUUGACGAUUAUUAUCUUGCCUUGCAGCAUGGAAUGCCCAAGGAGGCAAGGUUUGUGCAGGAGAAGAAACAUAUGGGUGAGCCGGAUAGCUUUUUUAUCAUUUUGAAGUGGUUGUAUCAGUUGCUUGGGGUGGAUGCGCAGCCGGGCAGGCUCAUGGCUACGCUGCCUUUUAAGCCCAAGUAUUAG